AUGGCCGACGUGUUCGUGUGGAUGUGCGCCCGGCGCGCGGAAGAGUUCCGUGGCGAGGAACUACGGAGCUGGAUGCGGGAGCACACGGAUGUGCCCGUCCUCGCGGUGGUCUUUUACCUCGCCCUUGUGCUCUACGUGCCUGAGCACGUCAUGGCGCACCGGCGGCCGUUGAACCUGCGGUUUCUGAACAUACUGUGGAACCUGCUGCUCACGGUGUUCUCCAUCUGCGGGGCGUACUACUGCGUGCCGCGGCUGCUCGAGCUGGUCGCCUCCCCGCGCAUCAGUGGGCUGGCGUCUACCCCCGCACCGGGCCCUGGCGCCGCCACGACGAAGUUACACGGCAGUUUGUACAACUCCGCCUGCGCGUGGAAUGACAAAAUUUUUUUUGAUGGAACUGUGGGACUGUGGGUAGGCGCCUUUAUUCUUUCCAAAAUUCCGGAGAUGCUUGACACCGCCUUCCUCGUCUUUCAGAAGAAGCCGGUGAUAUUUUUGCAUUGGUAUCACCAUGCCACGGUGAUGCUUUUCUGCUGGCACGCGUACGCGUACACCAUUUCCAGCGGGCUGUGGUUUGCCACGAUGAACUACUGCGUGCACUCCAUCAUGUACUUCUACUACUUUAUGUGUGCCUGUAGGCUGCGCAGAGUGAUCCGCCCCAUUGCUCCAUUCAUCACGAUGCUGCAGAUACUCCAGAUGGUGGUGGGGACGCUCAUUGUGGGGUACACCGCCUACCACUCGUACCUGAGCGGGUACGGCUGCGCGGCGAACCGCACAAGCAUUCGUCUCGGCCUUCUGAUGUACCUCAGCUACUUUGUCCUCUUUUCGCAGCUGUACCACCGAAGCUACAUCAAACCCCCGGCGAAGUCCGCGCCGAAGAUGUCUAACGGAGAGAAAAAAAGCAACUAA